ACAGACAGCGCAGGUGCGGCAGGAGGGAGCCGCUGAUUUACAUCCUAUAGGUGGGGGGAAAACCCAGGAAGUACAGCCGGGCACUAACCAAAUCUGGGCUAAGAAUAAACGUCCUGAGUAAUGAGUGGCCUAGGCCGGAGAAGGCAAGGUGGCCGCAGCCUGGCGGGCCAGGAGGAGUCGACCCCACAGGGCCCGCGGCGGGGGGUGGCCAUGGAGCCCUGCCCCGAAGAGCUGUACUGGGACUCACUGCUGAACACCUGCGUCUCCUGCAAACCCACCUGCAGCAGCCAGAUUCCGCGCACCUGUGCGGCCUUCUGCAAGUCCCUCAGUUGCCGCCAAGAGCAAGGCAGGUACUAUGACCUGCUCCUGAGGGACUGCGUCAGCUGUGCCUCCAUCUGCGGACGUCACCCCAAGCAGUGCACACACUACUGUGAGAACACGCUGAGGAGCCAAGUGAGCCUCCUACCAGAAGUCAGGAGACAGCGGGCCGGAGAGGCCCCAACCCGAGCGGACAGCCUGGGGAGGUACCAGGUGCCAGAGCACAGAGGCUUGGAUGCGGUUCCAGCGCCUGCAGGGCUGAAGCUGAGCGCUGACCAGCUGGCACUGGUCUACAGCACGCUGGGCCUAUGUCUCUGUGCCAUCGUCUGCUGCUUCCUGCUGGCCGUGGCCUGCUUCCUCAAGAGGAGGGGGGUCCAGGUCUCCUUCCCGACGCGCCCAGGGCCGUGUCCCACGCAGGCCAAGGCCUCCAAGGAUCACUGGAUGGAAGCCGGCCGCGUGGCAGGGGCGCCGCCCGAGCCAGUGGAGACGUGUAGCUUCUGCUUCCCGGAGUGCAGGGCGCCCACCCAGGAAAGCGCAGGCGCGCCCCCAACACCCAGGUCCGAGCGCACAGAGAGGAGGUCGCGCCCCGGCCAGAGCGCAGCCGGACAGCCCUGCGUGCACGCUGCGAACGGCGGGAUCGAAGCAGUGUACAUGCCCGCGCAGGAAGGAAGCCUGGCCACGUGAACCAGGGAAUGGUCACCGUCACUUCAACGCACCUGCAGUAAAGGCACCGCCCCUGCUGGACUCAGCCCUGGGGCCCCUUCGCGGAAAUAAAACCUCCCACACUG